AUGGCUAUACACGCAAUACGUGUCAAUACAUGUAAUACAUGGGAGUACAUGGCUGUACAUGACAGUACACGGCUAUACAUGGCAGUACAUGGCAAUACAUGGCUAUACAUGGCAAAACAUAGUAAUACAUGGCAAUACAUGGCAAUACAUGGCUAUACAUGAUAAUACAUGGCUAUACAUCGCUAUACAUGGGUAUAGAUUUUUUUUUUUUUUUUUUAAUAUUUUUUAAUUAAAGCAUUUCUUACGUUUACAUACAAAAUAGAAAUUAAGAAAAACACACACACACACACACAUAUAUAGUACAAACAAACAAACAAACAAAAAAUACAAAGCUAAACAAAGCUAUUACAGCAAUAAGUUACUUAGCAUGUAAAUUACAAUGACAUCUCUUUAAACUUAUUGUUGAAAUUAAUCAUAACAUCACUUUUACGUAAAAACGCUUAUUAACUUUUCCCACUUUCUAAAAUGAUUGUUUAUUUGUUUAUUUGUUUAUGUAUUACCAUGUAUUACCAUGUAUAGCCAUGUAUUACCAUCUAUACCCAUGUAUGUAAACAAACAAAUAAACAUACAUGGGUAUAGAUGGUAAUACAUGGCUAUACAUGGUAAUACAUGGUAAUACAUGGUAAUACAUGGCUAUACAUGGCAAAACAUAGUAAUACAUGGCAAUACAUGGCUAUACAUGAUAAUACAUGGCUAUACAUCGCUAUACAUGGGUAUAGAUGGUAAUACAUGGCUAUACAUGGUAAUACAUGGUAAUACAUGGCAAUACAUGGCUAUAAAAGGCACUACAUGGCUAUACAUGGCUAUACAUGGCAAUACAUGGCUAUGCAUGGGUAUACAUGGUAAUACAUGGCUAUACAAGGCUAUACAUGGUAAUACAUGGCUAUACAUGGUAAUACAUGGCAAUACAUGGCUAUACAUGGGUAUACAUGGUAAUACAUAGCUAUACAUGGCUACACAUGGGUAUACAUGACUAUACAUGGGUAUCCAUGGCAAUACAUGGCUAUACAUGGCUAUACAUGGGUAUACAUGGUAAGAUAUGGCUAUACAUGGCUAUACAUGGGUAUACAUGGUAAUACAUGA